CAAUAGAACCUAAUGAAUGUGAAGAUGAUGAUGCUUGUUCAGGAAAUUCUGUUUGUAGACCAGACAAAGAUGGAGUAAAGAAAUGUGUAGAUGUCUGUAAGAAUGUACAGUGUGGUCCAAAUGCUGUGUGUAAUAAGGACAGUCAUCCUGCAGCUUGUAAUUGUUUAUCUGGUUUCUUUGGAGACCCUAAAGACCCAAAACGAGGAUGUCAGCCACCUCAUAUUUGUGAAGAUGACAAUAGCUGUCUUGCUAGCCAGUUGUGCAAACCUGAUGAAAAUGGAGUUAAAAAGUGCUUUGAUGUUUGUGAGAAGACUAGGUGUGGGCCUAAUGCAGAAUGUAUUGGUAAAAAUCAUAAACCUGAAUGCCAAUGCUUACCUGGCUUUAGUGGAAUCCCAACAGACCUUAGUAAAGGUUGUGAGGCUGUUCCAGAAGACAAAUGUCAAAAGAAUGAUGACUGUUCUGAAGAGGAGGUGUGUCAGCCUACGGAAUCUGGAAUUAAGGAUUGUAUGGGUACCUGCUCCAAAAGGAAAUGUGGUCCAAAUGCUCAGUGUCUAGGUGUAGGGCACACUUCAAUCUGUGAAUGUUUAUCUGGUUUCUCAGGUGAUCCAAAUGACGAAAUUAAUGGUUGCAAACGUGACAUUUGCACAACAGAUGAUGAUUGCCUGCCAAGUCAAGUGUGCCAUAAGGAGAGUUUACAAGAAAUUAAAGAUUGUGUUGAUGUUUGUAAGGACAAACAGUGUGGUUCCAAUGCAGAAUGCAUUGCAUCUAACCAUCAAGCUCAGUGUACUUGUAAACCUGGUUUUGAAGGUGAUGGUAACAAUCUACAAAAGGGCUGCUUGCCUCUUGACAAGUGCAAAACUAAUGGACAAUGUCCAGACAAAGACAUUUGCAAACUUAAUGAAAAUGGAAUUAAAGAUUGCAUACCUGCAUGUUUGGGAAUGCUGUGUGGCCCCAACACUGUAUGUACAGCUUCCAAUCAUAGGGCACAGUGCACCUGUCAACCUGGAUAUACCGGAAACCCCUAUGAUCAAGAUACUGGCUGUUCUUCCAUCCCACCCCAUGUAUGUGAUACUGAUGACUCUUGUCCUCCUAAUGCAGUUUGUCGACCAGCAAGUGAUGGCAUUCGAAAUUGUUAUGAUGCCUGUGCAGAAACUGUGUGUGGACAAAAUGCUCAGUGCAUCUCUACUAAUCACCAUCCUGUAUGUACCUGCAUCGAAGGUUUUAAUGGUGACCCAUACAAUCAAACAGUUGGAUGUGUAGUUCCACAUCAAUGUGAUGCUGAUGAAAACUGUGAUCCUGAUAAAGUUUGUCGUGAAGACUUGGAUAAAGUUAGAAAAUGUGUUUUGAUCUGUGUAUAUGCCAAGUGCAAACCCUCAGCUACAUGUCAAGCAAACAGCCAUCAAGCUGUAUGUGUGUGUCCUGAAGGAACAACUGGAGAUCCAAGUGAUGUCUGUACAUCCUUGCCAAAUGUCUGUGAAGAUGACUCUGACUGUAGUGAAAAUGAUGUUUGUCGACCAACUGAAAUUGGCACCUUGGAUUGUUUUGAUGCAUGUAAUUUUAUCACAUGUGGACCUAAUGCAAUGUGUAAACUUGAAAACUCGGAGAUUAUCUGUGAAUGCAAACCAGAUCACAAAGGAGAUCCAUAUAAUCUUGUGAAUGGAUGUAAACCACCUACUAAUGAUGAAUGUGAACAGGAUACAGACUGUAAACAUUCUCAAGAUGUAUGUAAACCUGAUAAUAGUGGGAUUAAACAUUGUGUUGAUGCUUGUCGAUUUGCUUCAUGUGGGGCUAACAGUGAUUGCAUAGUGAUUGAUCAUAUACAUCGAUGUCAGUGUAAACCAGGAUUUGUAAAAGAUCCAAACAAUUUUCUUGCCUGUAUUCCUCAAGAACCAGAUCAGUGUAAGGAAGAUAAUCAGUGUCCAACCUUCCAGAACUGUAAACCUAAUAAUCUAGGAACACUUAAGUGUGCAGAGAUCUGUAUAGACUUUACAUGCAUACCAAAUUCAGAGUGUAUUGCUAUCAACCACAAAGGACAGUGUAAAUGUAAAGAAGGAUACACAGGGGAUCCCAACAAACGAGAUGGAUGUGCCCCUAUCAUUCAGCAUGAAUGUGAGACAAGUAAUGACUGUUUGUCCAUGAGUCAUGAUUGUCAAGCUGAUUCUGAAGAUGUAAGAAGAUGCGUGGAUGCUUGUGAACAUUUCCAUUGUGGCCCUAAUGCUGUUUGUGUAGCACAAAACCACAAUGCUGAGUGUUUAUGUCCACCUGGUUUGUUUGAUGGGGACCCAUAUGACCUAGCACAGGGUUGUCAAAAAGUGGAAUGUCUAAAGGAUGAACACUGUGACAGCAACAGAGCUUGUGCACAUCAGCAUUAUUGCUAUGAUCCAUGUGUGAACAAUUGUGCAGUUCAUGCUGUCUGCUUGGUUGAGAAUCACAAGGCUGUUUGCCAUUGUCGUCCUGGAUACACAGGUGACCCAUAUUCUCGUGGUUGUGAGAGCAUAAAGUUCUGUGAAUCAGAACCUUGCCAUUCAUCAGCCAAGUGUGUAAAUGUUCCUGGAAGUUAUAGGUGCCACUGUCCUCCAGGAUAUCUGGGUAAUCCUUACAAUAAUGGUUGUCGUCAUCCUAAUUCUUGUCCAAAUGGAGAUUCUGACUGCCCAACAGAUUUAGCAUGUAUAGAUCACCCAACUGGAGAACUGCUCUGCAAAAACCCUUGUGAUCAAGCCAACUGUGGACGUAAUUCAGAAUGUCAAGUUAUUGACCAUGUAGCAACAUGUUCUUGUCCAGAUAAUUUUCAUGGAAAUCCCACAGCUAGUGAUGAGUGUGUGCGAGUGUCUCAAAACUGUUCCAUUACAGAAGAGUGUGAUUCUAACCAAGCUUGUAUAAGUAAACAGUGUAGACUGUUUUGUACUCGGGAUAAAGAGUGUGCCAGUGGAGAAAGAUGCAUUGACAAUCACUGUGUUAUACCCUGCUUUACUCACAGUAACUGCCCACUUGGUGAAGCCUGUAUCCUCGAUGGCUUCUGCCAAAUUGGAUGCAGAGAAAAUAGUGAUUGUGAUCUAUCUAUGGCCUGUAUCCAGAACAAGUGUGAGAAUCCUUGCAAGAUUGUAGGAGUGUGUGGACCAAAUACCAAAUGUAAUGUAAGAAACCAUGAAGCAGAUUGUACUUGCCCUCCAGGUUUUGAAGGAAAUCCAUUACCAGUGCUUGGCUGCAAACGUACAGUCAGUGUUUGUUCUCCUGCAACUUCCUGUACACCUCCCAUGAUUUGUGUAAUGGAGCGCUGUCGUCCCCCUUGUGAUAAGUGUGUUGAAGGAGAAAAAUGUGUUGAGAAUGUUUGCAUGGUUUCCUGUAUAAGUGAUAGUAACUGUCUGACAGGAGAGAUAUGCAUUAACCAAUACUGCCAAGUGGGUUGUCGUAGCAACGUUGAUUGCCAUUUGAAUGAAUUAUGUGAUUCCAAUAGAUGCACAUGUAAGGCUGGGUUUCAACUUACUGCAAGUGGAUGUACAGACAUUGAUGAAUGCAGGUCGAAUCCAUGCCAUCAAACUGCCAUAUGUGAGAACUCCCCUGGCAGCUACUAUUGCAGAUGCCGCACAGGAGAAAUUGGGGAUGGAUUUAAAGGGUGCCAUAGCCCAGGAGAAUGCCCAAAUGGGAACACUGAUUGUCCACCCAAUAGUGCUUGUAGUCACGAUGCAAAUGGGAUUCCGUUGUGUGUCAAUCCAUGUGAUGAAUCACCUUGUGGUCCUAAUGCUGAAUGCACUGUUUACAACCAUAAACCUGAAUGUUUCUGUCCCAAAAAUGGUCUUUUUACUGGAAACCCUUAUGAUAAGCAGAAAGGGUGUUUUAAAGUUGACUGCCUUCAUGAUUUAGACUGUGCUGCUGAUCACUACUGUUUAAACUUUAAAUGUAAAAGUCCAUGUAAUAAUACUGUUAACUGUGGACCUCAAGGGACUUGUGUGGUCAGAAAUCAUCAGGCAAUGUGUCGAUGCCAAACUGGUUAUGAGAAUAACAAUCAACUGACAUGCAUUGAUAAAAACGAAUGCCAGCUGAACCCAUGCCAUUCCACUGCCAUUUGUGAGAAUGUACCAGGGAGCUAUAUAUGCAAAUGUCCUGUUGGACUUGUGGGGAAUCCAAAAAUCCCUCCAGGAUGUCAUGAUCCCAACAUUUGUUACAAUGGAAACAGUGACUGCCUAGACACAGCUGCUUGUGUAUUGGUUGAAGGAGUACCUUACUGUAAAGAUCCUUGUGAUGAUCCAACAUCAUGUGGUGCUAAUGCUAGUUGUAAAGCAGUCAAUCACCAAUCUGUUUGCUCUUGUUCUUUUGGCUUCACAGGAAAUCCAGAAAUCCGCUGUAUGAAAGUGGAAUGCAUUAAGAGCCAAGAGUGUCAUAAUGAUGAAGUUUGUCUACGACAUCGGUGUGUUGAUGCCUGUCUUGGUCAAACAGUCUGUGGUGAAAAUACCAUUUGUAUUGCACAAGACCACAGCAGCAUUUGUAGAUGUCAAAAUGGAUAUUAUGGAGAUCCUGUUGUUGGCUGCAGAGAAAUUAUACAAUGUAUUGAAGAUCAAGACUGCCCUAGUGGGGAGUUCUGUUAUAAUGGUGGAGUAUGCAGAGUGACAUGUAACUCCAAUCGAGACUGUGGACCUAAUGAGCGUUGUGCUGAAGGAAAAUGUAUAACUAUAUGCCAAGGUAACAGUGAAUGUCCUGAAGGUCAAGCUUGUGUUGAUGAAAAGUGCACCAACGUUGAUAGAUGUAGCUCCAAUGCUGAUUGUGAGUUCACUGAGGUUUGUCGCACAAAUAGCAAAGGCUAUGAUGAAUGUCAAGAUCCUUGUGCCACAGAACUUUGUGGACGCAAUGCUGUUUGUGUAACUCAGGACCGUUCUGCUAUCUGCAAGUGUCCACCCAACUUUGUUGGGAACCCACUAGAUGAUAUCAUUGGCUGUCAGAAAGCUGACUGUAUCACACAUGAACAUUGUAAACAAGAUAAAGUUUGUCAAAACAGCUCAUGUGUUGAUCCUUGCAGUCUUCACCCACUCUGUGGAGAAAAUGCUUAUUGUAUCUCUCAGAGUCAUGCAGCAAUUUGCCGAUGUCGUAAUGGUUAUGAAGGUGACCCAUUGUCUGGCUGCCAAAUGAUUGACCACUGUAUCAAACGCCCAUGUCACCCAACAGCAAUCUGUGAAAACCGUUUUGGAGGUUAUGAAUGUCAGUGUCCACCAGACAAGAGUAUAGGAAACCCAUAUAACCAUCCUGGGUGCCGAGGACCUAAUGAAUGUCCUAGUGGAAACAUUGAUUGUCCACCAUCAGCUGCUUGUGUUUCCAAUGGUCUGAAUACUCCAGUAUGUAAAAACCCUUGUCAACUUUCUAACAACUGUGGGCCUAAUGCAGUUUGCAAGGUUGAGAAUCACCGGGCUCUUUGUGAGUGUCCUGAGCUAUUUAGUGGUGACCCUGAAGAUUCCAUCCGAGGCUGUGUUAGAGUGCCAAGUGUAUGUGAAAAUGACAGGGAAUGCCCUGCUGGUUUUGAAUGCAGUAGCCAAUUCUGUAAACCUACUUGUGAAUCCAUUCAAGACUGUGCAGUUGGAGAAUUCUGUGUUCAAGGUAUUUGUGUACAGGGUUGUCAAAAGGACAGCUGGUGCUUCAAAGGGGAGAUUUGUGUCGCUGGGAAAUGCCUAGUUGGCUGCCACUUUGAUGCAGACUGUACUUCAAAAGAAUCUUGUGUGCAAAAAAAAUGUCAAGACCCUUGUGAAAGCAUCAAUGUCUGUGGCACCAAUGCCCUAUGCAGAGUUGAGAACCAUAAUCAUCAGUGCAUCUGUCCACCAGGUUUUUCUGGUGACCCUCAAGAGAAAUGUGUUAGAGUUCCUUCAAACUGUGCCAGCAUUGCUGAUUGCCCUUUCAAUCACUUCUGUAUUAGGGGACAGUGUCUAGUGGAAUGUAGCAAAGAUGAUGACUGUGCUGUAGGUGAAAAAUGUUUUAACAACCACUGUGUGGAACUCUGCCACAGUGACAGUAACUGCAAACAAAAUGAAAUUUGUGUGAGCAAUCACUGUGAAGUUGGUUGUCGAGCUGGUGAACAGUGUCCAGAUCAAUUGGCUUGUGUUAGAAACCAGUGUAGAGAUCCCUGUGAAGGCAGUGCCACUUGUGGACCCAAUGCAAAAUGUAAGGUUGUAAAUCAUCGACCUGUUUGUUUUUGUCCUCCCAAUUUUGUUGGUCGACCCAAUGCUAAUGUUGGCUGUAUCAGAGUGACUACUCCCUGUAAUGAUAACACACAGUGUCCAUUGGGGUAUUAUUGUUUUAAUGGAUUCUGCAGAGUGGCUUGUAGCACAAACAAGGACUGUGCAGUAAAUGAAAAAUGUUCCAGUGGCCGUUGUAUCAUCCAGUGUUUACAAGAUCGAGAUUGUCCAUCAGGAGAGAUUUGUGAACAAAAUCUAUGUCGAAUUGGUUGCAGAGGAGACAGUGACUGUCCAUUUAAUGAGGCCUGCAUCAGCAAUCAAUGUCACAAUCCAUGUGAUAAUGUUAGUAUUUGUGGAACCAAUGCACUUUGCCAGGUAACCAACCAUUUGAUUGACUGUGUGUGUCCACCAGAGCUCACAGGGGAUCCCAGGGAAGAGUGUAAUAGAGUAUCAACAACUUGUUCUAGUGACAAUGAAUGUGGGCCUGGAAAAUAUUGUGAAGCAUCGAUGUGCACAAUUGCUUGCAGUAGUGAUACUGAGUGUUUAGACAAUGAGAAAUGUAUAGACCACCGAUGCAGUGUUAUUUGCACAAGUGAUAAUAAUUGUCCAGAUGGAUAUAUCUGUGAAAAAGGACAGUGUAGCCCUGGCUGUAGGAAUGACUAUGAAUGCCCCCUAACAGAUACCUGCAUCAAUCUACUGUGCAUCAACCCAUGUAGCAGUCCAACAGCUUGUGGCACAAAUGCUCAGUGCCAACCAGUAGACCACCAGCCUUUCUGUAUCUGUCUUCAUAAUUAUACUGGUGACCCAAGAGUUGAAUGUAUCAAAGUGGAUUGCUUUAUUGAUUCUGAUUGUGGUGCUUCAGAAAUAUGCCAGAAUUACCAGUGUACUGAGGGUUGCAGGUCUGAUAACAGUUGUCCAACUGAUAAGGUAUGCAGUAGGAGGAAGUGUGUGGAUCCUUGUAGGUUCAGUGAGACCUGUGGAGUUCAUGCAGUAUGUAAAACAGAAUCUCAUGAAUUGUCAUGUAACUGCCCUUCUGGAUUUUUUGGAAAUCCCCUUAUAGAAUGUGUUGAAGACAUUAAUGGCUGUUCUGUUUCUGCUGAUUGUGAGAAAGAAAAAGUUUGUGAAGACAACAAAUGUGUCAGUAUUCGAGAGGAAUGUGAAAAUGAUAGUCAAUGUCAGCUUGGUGAGAUAUGUCAAUUGACCAAAUGUUUUGAGGGAUGUCGUAGUAAUGCCAACUGUCCCUUUGACCAAAUUUGUAUCUCUGGUCAUUGCCAAAACCCAUGUCUAUUCAAAGAAGCAUGUGGAUUACAAGCUAACUGUUUUACUGAAAGACAUGAGAAAAUCUGCACAUGUCCACCAGGAUUUACUGGUAAUGCCAGGAUUGAAUGUCAAAAGAUUGGAAUAUGUAACUCAGAUGAAGAGUGCCUGGUGGGAACUAUUUGUCAAAGUGGACAAUGUGUUGUAUUGCCAAAAAGAUGUUCUUCAGACAAUGAUUGUGCUCAAGGCCAGAUUUGUGAAGACACCAGUUGUGUGUAUGGAUGCCGAAGUCACAGUGACUGUGAGUUUUUCAUGGCCUGUAUGGAUCAUCAAUGUCAAGAUCCUUGCAGUAAAAAAGAUGUUUGUCACACUCUAGCUGUAUGCCAUGCCAUCAAUCAUCAUGCUGUUUGCCAUUGCCCUGAAGGUUAUACUGGAAAUGCAAAAAUACACUGUAACCCAGUGAUUGAAGAUUGCUCUGUUGACAUAGACUGUGAAUUGGGUAAACUUUGCAUCAGUAAUAAAUGUAUUGUUGGUUGUCGCAUUGAUUCCCACUGUCCAUAUGACAAGUCAUGUGUGGAAGGAUAUUGUAAAAACCCAUGCCAGCUGAAAGAUGCUUGUGGUGUCAAUACCUUAUGUCACGUUAUCAACCAUAAAGUAGAGUGUAUUCCAGAUGGAACCCAUUGUGAGAAUGAGGAAGAUUGCAAUGUUGAAGAGUGUUGCUCAGACAUGACAUGUGACUCUGAUAAAAUCUGUGAAAAUGGCAAAUGUGUUGUUGGAUGCCGUCGAGACUCUGACUGUACCUUUGAUAAAGCCUGCAUCAACAGCCAGUGUAUUGAUCCAUGCAGUAUGCAAAAUGUUUGCAGUCGAAAUGCAGAUUGUCGUCCAGUUGUACACAGACCAUUGUGUACUUGUAAACCAGGCUUCACAGGCCAGCCUUCUGAUUAUUGUAAACCCAUCCCAGGAAGCCAAGUUUCAUGUAAUGAGGAUAAAGAUUGUGAAAUUGAGAAGAUAUGUGAAGCUCACCAGUGUAUUAUGGGUUGUCGUGAUGAUAGUAACUGCCCAUUGAACAAAGCUUGUAUCACCAGACAGUGUCAAAAUCCUUGUACUUUCCCUGAGUCAUGUGGUAAAUAUGCUACCUGUGUCCCUAACAACCACAGGCCUGUAUGUACAUGCCCAGUUAGUUUUACAGGUGAUCCCAAUGUGCAGUGUACUCAUACCCCUAUUGAUGUCUGCACUAGAGAUGAAGAAUGUUCUAUUGGAAAUAUAUGUGAAGAAGGAACUUGUAUUGAUGCUUGUCGUACUGAUAAUUCCUGUCCUUAUGAUAAGUCAUGCAUUAACAAAAGGUGUCAGAAUCCUUGCAGUUUUUAUGGAACUUGUGGCAUUCGGGCCAACUGUCGACCAGUCAACCAUGAAGCAGUAUGCUCAUGCCCACCUGACUACAUAGGGAAUGCUGAUAAACUGUGUGUUCCUGAGACAACUGAUGUAUGCAAGUCAUAUGAAGACUGUGGCUUUGGCUCCAUUUGUGUUGGUGGAAACUGUCAAGAGGGUUGUCUCAGUGACAAUGACUGUUCUUCUGAUCUGGCUUGCAUAAGUCAACACUGUCAGAACCCUUGCACAAUUCCUGGUUCUUGUGGUAUUAAUGCAACAUGCAUUAGUGAUUUUCACAGGCCAAUCUGUAGUUGCAAGAUAGGUUAUGUGGGAGACCCGUAUGUGAAGUGCACUUUAGGGAAUGAGAGCUAUUGCACUACAGAUGCUGUCUGUCCUAUACAACAAAUCUGUGAGAGUUUCAGCUGUGUUAUUGGUUGUCGUAGUGAUCACAACUGUGCUUUUGAAGAAGCUUGCAUCAACCGCAUAUGCCAAAAUCCAUGUAGUGUUUUUGGUGCUUGUGGACGGAAUUCCAUAUGUGAACCUAUCAAUCACCAGCCAGAAUGCUCUUGUCCACCAAAUUUCCGUGGAAAUCCUAAUGUUAUUUGUAGCAGUGACAGAGAUGGGGAUUGUAACAAAGACCAAGACUGUGAGCUGGGGGAAAUCUGUAACAACAACCUAUGUAUUGGUGGUUGUAGAGAUCAUAACAACUGCCCAAACAACAAAAUUUGCUUCAGUGGCCAAUGUCAGAAUCCAUGCUUGCUUCCAAACAGCUGUGGGCAAAAUGCUAUGUGCCAGCCAGUCAAUCAUGAAGUUGUAUGCAGCUGCCCAGAAAAUUUUAUUGGUAACCCUUAUGUUAAAUGUCAUCCAGUCACUGAUCCAUACUGCAAGAAAGAUGUCGACUGUCCUAUUGGGAAGAUUUGUAAAACUGAUAAAUGUAUUGUGGGCUGUCGAAGUGAUGCUAACUGUGGAUUUAAGGAAAGUUGUCUGAAUAAUCAUUGCCAAAAUCCAUGUAAAAUAUUUGGAGCCUGUGGUGAAAAUGCAGAGUGCCGACCGCACAACCAUGAUCGAGUGUGCACUUGUUUACCCCAAUUUACAGGAAAUCCAAGGCUUCAAUGUGUUCCAAUUCCAGUUAUUCAUUGCAAGGAAGAUCUUGAUUGUCUUGCUGGUCAGAUAUGUGAAGGAAGAAGGUGUUCCGAUGGCUGUCGUACUGAUAGUAACUGUCCAACAGACAAAGCCUGUAUUCGUAGUAAAUGUGUGAACCCAUGUGACCAGAGUGGUGUUUGUGGUAAGAAUGCAUAUUGUAUCCCUGUCAACCACUUUUCAAGGUGUCGUUGCCCCAGUGGCUUCACUGGAAAUCCAGAAAUCCUGUGCAAGAAAGUUGAUGAAACACAAUGCAAGGAUGAUGAGAACUGUGCUGUUGGUUUUAUAUGCCAUCGUUCACAGUGUAUAGUGGGUUGUCGUACUGAUAGUAACUGUGCUUUUGAUGAGGCUUGCAUCAACACUGUCUGCCAGAAUCCCUGCUUAGUUGGUGGUGCUUGUGGUGUGAAUACUUUAUGUCGAACUUUGAACCAUACUGCUGUGUGUACUUGUUUGCCAGGUUAUACAGGUUCUCCCAGAGCUGGUUGCUCCAUAGCAUGGCCUAUUUGUGAAGUUGGUAGUGACUGUGGAAAUGGCUUUGUCUGUGUAAAUCAAAAUUGUAAAGAUAUUAAUGAGUGUCUUCAAGGUCAUAGCCCUUGUGCUGUGGGAGCAGUUUGUACAAACCUGGCAGGUUCUUAUAAGUGUUCAUGCCCACCUGACCUUAUUGGAGAACCUUACACUGGUCACUGCCAUUACCCUGAAUGCAGAGAAGACUCCCAUUGCAAGCCAACUGAAGGUUGUAAUGUGGAAACAAAAACAUGCUAUAAAGUUUGUUCACAAUCAGAUAUUUGUGGAAAAAGAGCUAAAUGUAAGGCCAACAAUCACCAUGCAGAGUGUUAUUGUCCUAGUGGACUCACAGGAAACCCUAACUUGGAGUGUACAAUAAUACAACAAUGUGUCCGACACGAAGAAUGCCUUGGCAAUCUUCUCUGCAUUGGUGAUCAUUGUGGAUGCCCUCCUCCUCUUCAUCAGGAAGGAUUUUUCUGUAUUUUAGAAAACGUACAUGUUCAUCUACAAAUCCAUGUCCAGAAAACCAGGAAUGUAUGUAUACAAAUGAACAGCGUAGUUUGUGUGUGUGCCCAAGAGGCUUUGUUUUGACAUCAAAUGGACAUUGUAGAGAUCUAAAUGAAUGUGAACAAGCACCAUGUGGAAGAGGAGCCCAGUGUUUCAACACUGAGGGAAGCUACAUUUGUAAAUGUCCAACUGGAACAGUUGGUGAACCAAACUAUGGAGGAUGUA